CGGAGCGCGGGCCGGGCGGAGGCUCCUGCGGCCGCGGCGCCCACGGGGAUGCCCCGCGGGUGAGGCAGCCCCCAGCUGCCAGCCGCGUUCAUGGCGGUGGCCAGGAAGAUCAAAACUUUGCUGACGGUCAACAUUCUGGUUUUCGUGGGCAUCGUCCUGUUCUCCGUGUACUGCCGCCUCCAGGACCGGUCCGCCGAGCUGGUGCGGAUCCUGCGCGGCGCCGACCGCCGGGCGCGCAGCCGGACCGCCAAGGCGGGCGCGCUGGCCGACCGCGAGGCCAUCCUGCAGCGCCUGGACCACCUGGAGGAGGUGGUCUACAACCAGCUCAAUGGCCUUGCCAAGCCCAUGGGUCUGGUGGAGGGGCCGCGGGGCCUGGGCCAGGGCGGCUUGGCCACCACCCUGCGGGACGACAGCCACGAGACAGAGGGCGCGUUCGAGGAGUACGGCUACAACGCUCAGCUCAGCAACCGCAUCUCCCUGGACAGGACCAUCCCCGACUACAGGCCCAAAAAGUGCAGACAGAUGACCUACUCCCAGGACCUGCCCCAGGUCUCUGUGGUCUUUAUCUUCGUCAAUGAGGCCCUGUCUGUCAUCCUGCGCUCUGUGCACAGCGUGGUCAACCACACGCCCUCCCAGCUGCUCAAGGAGGUCAUCCUGGUGGACGACAACAGUGACAAUGUGGAGCUCAAGUUCAACCUGGACCAGUACGUGCGCAAGAGGUACCCCGGCCUGGUGAAGAUCGUGCGCAACAGCAGGCGGGAGGGCCUGAUCCGGGCGCGGCUGCAGGGCUGGAAGGCGGCCACCGCCCCCGUUGUCGGCUUCUUCGACGCCCACGUUGAGUUCAACACGGGCUGGGCCGAGCCCGCCCUCUCUCGGAUCCAGGAGGACCGCCGGCGGAUCGUGCUGCCGGCCAUUGACAACAUCAAGUACAGCACGUUUGAGGUGCAGCAGUACGCCAAUGCGGCCCAUGGCUACACCUGGGGCCUCUGGUGCAUGUACAUCAUCCCGCCGCAGGACUGGCUGGACCGCGGGGACGAGUCGGCCCCCAUAAGGACCCCUGCCAUGAUCGGCUGCUCCUUCGUGGUGGACCGGGAGUAUUUCGGGGACAUCGGCCUGCUGGACCCGGGCAUGGAGGUGUACGGCGGAGAGAACAUCGAGCUGGGCAUGAGGGUGUGGCAGUGCGGCGGCAGCAUGGAGGUGCUGCCCUGCUCCCGCGUGGCGCACAUCGAGCGCACCAGGAAGCCCUACAACAGCGACAUCGACUACUACGCCAAGCGCAAUGCGCUGCGGGCGGCCGAGGUCUGGAUGGACGACUUCAAGUCCCACGUGUACAUGGCCUGGAACAUCCCCAUGACCAACCCGGGCGUGGACUUUGGGGACGUGUCUGAGAGGCUGGCCCUGCGCCAGAGGCUGAAGUGCCGCAGCUUCCAGUGGUACCUGGAGAACGUGUACCCCGAGAUGAGGGUCUACAACGACACCCUCACGUACGGAGAGGUACCGCCUUGCCCAGGGGCCCCACCCGGGUGGGGGGGCUUUCCACCCUGUGCACUCCCACGCCCUCAGCUGGCGGUGGGGAGACCCGGGCGGGCACUCAGCCUGUCUGUGCCCCGUGGUGCUCGCCAGGGCAAUGGAGAGACCUGGGAGGGCACGCAGCCUGUCUGUGCUCCGUGGUGCUCGCCAGGGCGGCGGGGAGACCCGGGCGGGCACGCAGCCUGUCCGUGCCCCGUGGUGCUCGCUAGGGCGGUGGGGAGACCUGGGCGGGCACGCUGGCCCAGACUUGGCCCUCACGGUCUCCUUCUGCCCCAGCUGGUGCGGUACAGCGCCCACGGCCUCCUGCAGCUGGGCCCGCUGGGCUCCACGGCCUUCCUGCCCGACUCCCGGUGUCUGGUGGACGAGGGCAGGGGCCGCACGCCUGCCCUGAAGAAGUGCGAGGAUGUGGCCCGGCCCACGCAGCGGCUGUGGGACUUCACGCAGAGCGGCCCCAUUGUGAGCCGAGACACGGGCCGGUGCCUGGAGGUGGAGAUGUCCAAGGACGCCAACUUUGGGCUGCGGCUGGUGGUGCAGAGGUGCUCGGGGCAGAAGUGGAUGAUCAGGAACUGGAUCAAGCACGGGAGGCACUGACUGCCGGCCUGGCCCAGCCUGGCCCCCACGCCAGGCAGACCCUCGAGGACCGAGCCGGCCUGGCUGGGGGCCGGGCUGGCACCCGCUGGCUCCUCCGCCCUGGGACCCUAGCAGCAUCUCGAGGUCCUGCGGCCCGGACGGCAGAGGCCGUGGCCGGGCUCGCCCCUCCCGACAGGCUCUGCCGAGGGGGGUCUGGGGUCUGGCAGCAGCCGGCCGACUCCGAAACACGUGCCUUUUCUGCGGGGCCUGCGGUCCAGGCUCCGGCGGCCACGUCUUCUGCAUGUGCUACAGCCCCUGCAUACACCCCGAGGGCACCCACCCGCCAGUCGGAGCCAGGCCCAGCGCCCGCGUCUCGCGGCCUCCCCCGCCGGCCAUGCUGCCGGCCACUCAGCCCAAGUCGGACGUCCCAGUGGGACGCAGCCUCGGGGGCUGGUGGGGGGCGGGGCGACCCCCACGGCCUGGGCGUCCCAAAGACAAAGCCCGCGCGGUGUGUUUAGGAGACUCACCGCGUCAACAGACACCAAAUACAGAGCGGAGUCCGCGGCCCACACGCCGUGUCUGCCUGCCCAGGCGCGGAGCCGGCGGAGGUGGGGCUGGGCCCUGUCCUGCUGCCCGGCCGGGUCCAGGCGCCUUUCCUCCUGUUGCCCCGCCAUCCUCCGAGGCAGGAGUCAGCAGACCGCGCCCCUGGCCCCCUCCUGUUUGUAUAAAUAAAGUUUUGUGGGCACAGGGCCCUGCCCAUGUGCUCGCGCGCUGUC